CCAUGAAAAACCAACUUGGGGAAAAAAUGGGCUAGUUUUUGGCUUCUAAAUACUAAUUUGAGAGAUGAAUCUCAACAACAUGUAGCUAACUUGACUUCUAAAGGAAUCCACCAAGUAAAGAUGUUCGAAAUAGUGCCGAAAGAGAUCAGGAAAUACCAAAUUUGCCCAUAUACUCUGGUGUUCAUCAGUGACAGUAGUGUCUGUCACUAGUGUCAGUGAAUUCACUGAAGGAAUGAAAAUGACAGUUCUCGAAAAAACGGUGCACAAUGCACCACUAUUGGCAUUGAUGCAUGCACUGACAAAUGGAGUUGGACAUCAUUGUCAGAGUCUCCUGUUAGCUUUAACUCUCGCUUUAUCGUUGGUGACUGGUUAUUCCAAUGGUGACCCUGAUAGUGAUGCAUUAUCUACCAAAAUGCCAAGUCGCAAGCCAGGGAUGGCCUUUUCCACAACACUGAAGCCACCAAACAGUAUUUCAAGUCCUGUGCUAGAUUGGACAUGGAUAUAUGGCAGCCAGCUGUACAACCAAUCUUCAUGGCUGAAACACAAUGUGUCGCAUGUCCCAGAUAACCCUGGUGCCCGAGGUGGUAGUGCAUUCUGGAUCGAUAGCAAGCAUAAACUGUGGAUGUUCAGUGGCCUAGGUUUUGAUGGUGAUAACACAGCAACUGAGGCAAAACUCCUCAGUGACUUUUGGCUGUUUGACACUCCUAACAACACCUGGCGAUCUCUGAAACAACAAACAACUGAUGGAGUGAGUUUGCCCCCACCACGGAGGCAUGCCUCUGCCUGUGGAGUCAGUGGUAUCAUGUUCGUGAUAUAUGGUGGUCGGGGAAAAGACCAAGUGGUGCUGAAUGAUACCUGGGUCUACAUGUUGCGGAACAGUACGUGGCUUUCCUUGAAUGACCAGCUUCUUAAAAUUCCAUCUGCAAGGUUUGACAUGGUGUCCUGGUGUCUGGUCGAUAGGUUGAUUAUUUUUGGGGGUGUGGGCUUGAACAACGAGAUCCAGUCAGAUGUCUGGCAGUUUACAUUCCAUAAUUUAGCCUGGGAGAAAAUAGAGAUGAAAUUGGAACACUUCACUGAUGACGCAUAUAAUCAUGUUUACCCUGCGCCUCGUAAUGGUGCAGCCUCGUGGGUUGGGCACAAUCAGACCAUGUAUAUGUUUGGCGGAAAUAUCAAGGAUGGUGUAAAUCCAGAUCUCCAGAAUUCCUUAGGUUUUGUCUCUGAUUUAUGGAGACUUGAUUAUAAAGGUAAUGAGUUUACUUGGGUGUACAUCAGAGGGUACACCAAGACGCCUUGUGGGCAUAUGGGCAUUUAUGGAAAAUUUGGACAUGGAGAAAACUCUACUAUGCCCGGAUGCAGAACAGGUGCGACAACUUGGGUAGAUGGUAAUGGUAAUAUAUAUUUAAUGGGAGGGAAGGGGGUAGACUCUGUUGCAUAUGCAAAUACCAAGCGCAGUGAUAAAUUCCUUGCCGAUAUCUGGCUGUUCGACAUAGCCAAACAACAAUGGGUGUGGGUUGGAGGGUCGACACAUGGCAAUAAGGCACCACGCUAUGGGACAUUGGGUCUACACAAUGCAGAGAACACUCCGGGAUCAAGAUCACAUGCCGUGGCCUGGCCCAUCCAGUCUGACACUAUUUACUUAUUUGGAGGUGUACGUACUGUGCAGGGGAAUCUAGGGUACAUGGAUGAUCUGUGGAGGCUGUGUAUUGGUUCCAAAGAGACAAGUGAUCUGGUAUUUUUGUUGCCAUUUUCUUCGGGCGUUUUGUUUCUUGUAUGUUUCUCUGGUGUGAUGACCGUAGCCGUUUUGUUUGGUCUGGGUGUGUUCCUAAAGAAAUGCAUUGAUUUGCCUCGCCACAGUCCAUCACGCUCUCCUGUUAGGGAUUACCACAUCAAGUAUUCACCACUGAGUAAUGACAACUCAUUAGAAAUGACUUGAACUAUUCUAACACUAUUAUCUGACGUUGAUGUUGCUCUAGAUCAAAACCAUUUGUGUUCACUACUUGUACAUGUAUGUAUCCUUGUAAUUUUCGCUGGAAUGUGAUCAAAUGUUUUUUUUACAUGAAUGUAUUAGAACUGAAAUGGGGCAUGUGUUCAAUCUUUUCGUCGUUCAAUAAAAUACGCAUUUUCUGUGUUUGUUGUCAUCGUAACUUCUCACCUCGGUAUUUAACUUUUAUUUGUUUUUUUAUGUCCCAUCAAAAAUGUUCCUUCUUGUUAAUGUUUUUGCUUUUAUCUUGAUGACGGUGGGAUGGGGUGGGGGUAGGUGUAUGUACUUAUAUCCUUGGCACACUAAUCAGACUAAUUGAAUUUACAUGUCAUCAUUCAUUGUUGUACAUGCUUUGGAAUUUAGCAAUGUUAAUGUAAAUUGUACAGUUUAUUGUAUAUUUGGCACAAUGUCUACUUAUAGUGUCAUCUCCAUUGAAACUAUGUUAAUACCACCCUAUUGCAUUUGUAUUGUACUGUAUUGUCUCUGAAGGUGUUUUUUUGUCGAGCAUAAUAAAUCUGGUAAUAAAAAAUGAAAAUGAA